AUGCUAGCAGAGGUCGAGAAUAUCAUCAAUUCUCGUCCACUAACCAGCAUUCCGCUGGACGAUGACCAGUCCCCAGUGCUGACUCCCAACCAUUUUUUGCUGGGAUCAAGCAACGGAUUAAGACCUUGGGUUGCGUUUGACGAUAGCUCGAAGGCGCUCAAGUACGGUUGGGAGCUAUCUCAAACCUUAACAAACCAGUUCUGGAAGCAAUGGCUUCGGGACUAUCUCCCUACAAUAACGCGGAGGACCAAAUGGUUUGCAGAGACGAAGCCCAUAUGUGUCAACGACAUCGUCAUCAUUGUAGACCCGAAGCUCCCUAGGAACACCUGGCCCAAAGGUCGGGUCAUUUCUGUUAAGAAGGGAUCAGACGGAAAGGUCCGAAGUGCUGCUGUGCAGACAUCCAGUGGCAUCUACGAGCGACCAACCGUGAAGCUUGCUGUGCUCGACGUAGGCGUUAGGAGUAAUGGGCAUCAGGAUAACCAGGAGCCCAUUCCGGGGGGGACUGUUGACGGCGCUACUUUGACGAGAGCAUCAAGCCCCACGCGCCCCGCAAAGUCGACAUGA